AAAUGUAUGAACUGACAGCGGUUGGGGUUAGAACCUGACUCAGUUUCAGGUUCAAGCGAAAUCGCCAUAAGAAGAGCAAGAAGCCUGUUGUCGUCUCUUCUCUUAUUGGUUUUUGGCAUGUGAGCUGGUGCAGUGAAGUGCGAGUGAAGUAAUUUGUUUAAAUAUGGCUGGGUUAGUUCAGGAUUGUUUUUCGAUAGGAAGUACCGUAGCUUGUACAACAUGUUACAAUCAAAACAUUGAAGGCGAAGUUCUGGCGUUUGACCAACAAACAAAAAUGCUUAUAUUAAAAUGUUUAUCCGCUAAUAGCACAUCCAAAUUAAAUAACGUUUUUAUCGUUAAUCUGGCACUUUGCAGUGAUGUUCAGGUGAAAAAAGAAGUGAACUCCAUACCAGAUCCUCCCCUAUCUCUGAAUUUGCAACGCUUGAGCACACGAGUCCGGAAUCAGGUGGAACAGAAAAAACGUCAAGUUUCAGCAUUGGCGGCAGGAGUGAGUCAAGAAGGGCAAAAUCUCUUCCUAGCAAUAGCACGCACUAUCAAUCAGGUAUCGUGGUCUGGACCUAAUAUUGUUGUAUUUCAAGAUGUGACCAUAACACCUCCCUAUAAAGUAGAUAACGUAAACGGGUCACCUGAUUCCAGACAGUUAACAUACGUGAAAAAAAUAGUAGAAAAGCAUCUUAACGAUCAGGCUUCUACAAGUUCGAGUCCGACUAUUGUUUCUGCCAAGUGAUGCAUUCGUUUCGAAGAAUCAGAUAGAAGUUUCCCGGAAAAUGAAAUAUGCAGUACAUACCAUCAGAAUUAUAAUUCAAAGAAAUGAAGGAAAUAAUAGCAACAUUAAAAACAUGAAUAAAAA